UUUUUAGCUUGUAUUUAGAAAUUAGGUUUAUGAACCGGAAGUAAACGUGCUUUACAAAAGGAGGAUUACUCCUGCAGAUUUGAGGACGUAAAAGGAAGCUAAGCUACAAAGAAUUAAUGCUUAAAAACGAGUUCUCUCAUGGCAAAUAUUUCUGUGUAUUAUCUCUUUUAUCUGAAUAUAUAUAUAAAAUUACUUACAAAAGCCCAUUGACAAUUUAUUGCCCUAGCUCCUUAUAUUUUAUAGAAGACAUGCCCAUUUCAGCACUGAGUACCUCGUAGCAGCAGUCGUUCUCAUGGCUGUUAGAACCGGCUUUUCCACAUUUUGUCCGUCUUAUCAAUGACCAUGGAUGUGAAAGCAGUUCUGGAAUUCGCCACAAUAACCAGAUGUCUCUCUCUGUUUUUACAGGCUGUCCUAAAUGCUGCCAUCCCUGACCACGAAGCUGAUGCAUUCAAGCCCCCUCGGACAGAGGAGCCCCUGUAUCUGGACUCUGUGGUGGAGUGGUUUGGUGGCCUCUCACACUGGAUGCUGAGCAUUUUCUUUCAUGCAGAGAAAGGAUACCUCUAUGAACACAACUUUGCAUUUUUCCCCCUCUUUCCUGUCAUCCUACGAGGGACUGCAGAGACUCUGCUGUUGCCCCUCAGCGACUGGCUGAGUGUGCGGGGGCGAUUGCUGGUGGCAGUUGCGCUGGGAAACACUGCCCUCUUCCUGCUGAGCGUGGUCGCCCUGCAUGCCCUUAGCUACAGUAGUAGUCCUGCAGGACAGACGUCUGCUCUGCUCGCCAGCCUGCUGUACUGCAUUACCCCUGCCAAUGUCUUCAUGACUGCAGGAUACUCAGAGAGCCUGUUUGCUGCGCUCACAUUUGGUGGAUUGUUCCUCCUGGAGAAAGGAUUUACCUUCAGAGCUUGCCUUGCCCUCAGCAUAGCCACUGCAGCACGGUCAAAUGGACUUGUUAACAUAGGCUUUCUGCUAUAUCUCCCAUCACUUUACGCUAUUACUCAGAUUCGUGUAUAUCGUGCAACGACAAAAGGCCACAGUAAAAUCCUGCACUACAUUUGGACCAUCAUCUGUCUUCUGCUUACCUCCCUCUUAGGGACUACACUUAUAGCCCUCCCCUUCUUUGCAUUUCAGUACUAUGGGUAUAGGACGUUUUGCACCCCAUCCACCUCCCCAGAGCAGAUCCACCCUGCUCUUCUGUCGUUAGCUGAGCGGAAGGGCUAUCGGGUUCCAGAUGAAAAUGGUCCACCACCCCUCUGGUGUAUGAGACCUCUACCUCUGCUUUAUUCUCACAUUCAGGAUGUGUAUUGGGAUGUGGGCUUCCUCCGUUACUUUGAGCUGAAACAAAUACCAAACUUUAUUCUAGCUCUGCCUAUGGCUACACUUGGCAUUAUGGCUGCUUACGCAUAUUUUCAAGCUAAUCCAGAACUUUGUAUGAGGCUUGGACUUUGGGAGACAGGUGGAAACAAAGGACUUGACAAACCCACACCAGGCUUCUUCAACCCCAGAGUGUUUGUAUAUGUUGUACAUUCUGCAGUACUUCUUGUGUUUGGAACGCUUUGCAUGCAUGUGCAGGUUUUAACUAGAUUCAUGGCCUCCUCAUCUCCUGUGCCCUUCUGGAUAAGUGCUCACCUGCUUCUUCUCAACGAACCACUUCUUCAUCGAAGGAAGACAUCAAACCCAAACGUGCAGCUACACACCUAUUCCAGAAAUAGUUACAAGCAUACACCUCAAAAUCCCAUCAUUGCACUGUUGCCAAACUUUAAAGCCUGUUCUCCGACCACACAGAGCAUCCUGGGGUACUUCCUCUCAUACUGGGUGCUGGGCCUCGCUAUGCAUUGCAAUUUCUUGCCAUGGACUUGACUUAACACCUUAAGGACUAAUUGCAAUAUUUUCAUUUCAAGUUUUGUUUAUUGGUGUUGCACUGCAGUUCAUUUUUGUCUUGAAAAUAGUUGCAAGUAUAAGUAAAACAUUUAAUCGAUAUUUCAUGUGUUCAGAAAGAAAAAAAAGAAUAAUUUACUGUUGGACAAUGCUUCUCCACGUGUUCCUGUUGCGUGGGCCAGUCCUGCAAAGUUCAUUGGGACAACAAAAAAAAAUAAAUUCUGAGUUGUUUAUUAUGAUAAGUUUAUUUUGCACAUCUUAGUGUUUCCCAUUAUUUGGUUGCAUGACUGUACUUGAAAAUCUUUUUAUUAUUGCUGAGUUGUUGCAUCCUUUACAGCUGGAAUUAUUCAGUCUAAAUCACUGCAUGUUUAAAAGAAUGAUUCAAAGUGACACUUUUCAAACAAGAAUGAAAAUGAAAUGAAACUCGUACUUU